AUGGAUCUUACCUUACCCCCUUUCUACCCUGUGCACAGAUGGGAUAUGGCCCCUCACAUUGUGAAUGCCUUCUACAAUCCACGAGAAAAUCACAUCUACUUUCCAGCUGGUAUAUUACAAAAACCCUUCUAUGAUGCCUACUAUCCCCUUGCUCUUAACUAUGGUGGAAUUGGAGUAGUUGUUGGACACGAAAUUGUACACGCAUUUGAUAGACAAGGCUCAAAGUACGAUGCAAAGGGCAACCUGCGACAGUGGUGGAGUGAAAGCACACGAGCCGAUUUUGAAAGAAACAGUGAAUGCAUGGUACAUCAGUACGGCAACUACACUGUUCAAGGCAAAAAUGUUGAUGGACACCUAACACUUAGCGAGAAUAUUGCAGACAAUGGGGGCAUAAAGGCCGCCUAUCGGCUAGAAAAAGUGACGAAAAGGAGAACCCAAUGA